UCAUCUUCCUCUUCCUCCUCUUCUUCUUCUUCUUAUUCUUCUGCUUCAUCCUCUUCUUGAAUCCCACCAAACCCCUCACGCUUCCAUGAAAUGGGCCGAGCUCUAGCGCCUCUCCCCGCAGACCUCGCUUCCCUGGCUCUCCUCCUCCUCCUCCUCCUCCUCCUUUCUCUCAUCUCUCCGUUACAGUCCACCAAAGUGCCAGAUUUCCAGUUCGGCCCCUUCGAUCCCUCCUACUACACCCCCUUCUCCGUCAACCGUCCGUCCACCAUCUCCAACGAGGCCCUCCAGGUCACCCCCGACUCCGCCGGCAACUUCACCCUCACGAACCAAUCCGGCAGGAUCCUCUUCAAAAAGGGCUUCAAGCUCUGGGACGGACCCUCCACCGCCCCUACCAAGCUCGCCUCCUUCAACACCUCCUUCGUCAUCAACCUCUACCGGGUCAACGACACCAGUGCCCCCGGUGAGGGCCUGGCCUUCAUCGUUGCGCCGGACCUGAACCGCCUGCUGGGGAGCUCCGGCGGCUACCUCGGGCUCACCAACGCCACCACCGACGGCCACGCCAGCAACCACCUCCUGGCCGUCGAGUUCGACACCUUCAAGCAGGACUAUGACCCGGACGCGAACCACAUCGGCCUCGACAUCAACACGGUCCGGCACAACCAGACCGUCUCGCUGGCGGGCCAAGGCUUCCAACUCGCUCCAAACGGCACCAAAUACUUCCACGUCUGGAUCGACUACGAUGGCGCCCGGAAGCUCCUGGCGGUCUACAUGACCGACGAGGACGAGUCCACCCCGACGAAGCCCAAGCCGGCAUCUCCAAUCAUGACGGCCACCGUCGAUACGAGCAAGGUGGUGAGCCAGAACUCCUACUUCGGGUUCGCCGCGUCGACCGGGGAGAACGUGGAGCUCAACUGCGUGCUGCUUUGGAACCUGACGGUGGAGGAGCUGCCGAAGGGCAUGCCGGCGGGGCUGGUGAUCGGGCUGGCCGCCGGGAUCCCGGCGGCGGCGCUGGUGCUGGCCGGGGCGGCCGUCCUGGGCUUCUUCUGGGUGAGGCGGCGGAGGGCGGAGGCGAGCGACCCGAACAUACUGGGGACGCUGAAGAGCCUGCCGGGGACGCCGAGGGAGUUCAAGUUCAAGGAUCUGAAGAAGGCGACGGGGAACUUCGAGGAGCGGAACAAGCUGGGGCAGGGAGGGUUCGGGGUGGUGUACAAGGGGGUGCUGGCGGCGGAGGGCCGGCAGGUGGCGGUGAAGAAGUUCUCCAGGGACGACCUGAAGGGGAAGGGCGACUUCCUGGCGGAGCUCACCAUCAUCAACCGCCUCCGGCACCGCCAUCUCGUCCCCUUGCUCGGAUGGUGCCACCAGAACGGGAUGCUGCUCUUGGUCUAUGAGUACAUGCCCAAUGGGAGCCUCGACCGCCACAUCUUCUGCGGCCCGGAGGCGCAGACCCUAGGGUGGACCCACCGCUACAAGAUCGUCUCCGGCGUCGCGUCCGCCCUCCACUACCUCCACGACGAGUACGACCAGAAGGUCCUCCACCGCGACCUCAAGGCCAGCAACAUCAUGCUCGACUCCAACUUCAACGCCCGCCUCGGUGACUUCGGCCUCGCCCGAGCAAUCGACAACGAGAAGACCUCCUACGCCGAGCUCGAGGGCGUCCCGGGGACGGUCGGCUACAUCGCCCCCGAGUGCCUCCACACGGGCAAGGCCACCCGGGAGUCCGACGUCUUCGGCUUCGGCGCGGUCAUCCUCGAGGUGGUGUGCGGCCAGCGCCCGUGGAACAAGGCCGGGUUCAGCGGGUUCCAGUUCUUGGUGGACUGGGUGUGGUCGCUCCACCGCGACGGGCGGAUCCUGGAGGCGGUGGACGAGCGCUUGGGCGAGGACUAUGCGGUGGAAGAGGCCCGACGGUUGCUGCUCCUCGGGCUGGCCUGCUCGCACCCGAUCGCCGCCGAGAGGCCCAAGACGCCGGCGAUCGUGCAAAUUCUUUCCGGGUCGGUGGACGUGCCGCGCGUCCCGCCUUUCAAGCCCGCGUUCGUCUGGCCCUCGGCGAGCCCGCUGACCGAGGACGGAGACACCACAGACGUGACGCCGAUGACGUCGUCGUCACGGUUCGGGUCGGGUUGGACACCGAGGUACACGAGCAAAGAGAGUGAUACCGGGUACAGCAACAGCUCUCCUGUGUGAUAUGCAAAGAUUGGAAUGGCCUUGUAGGACUACUACAGUGCUGCGGAGAAAAGAGAAGGUUUUUUUUUUUUUUUUGCUCCUUUUUAAUUAAGAUUUUCUCUAUAUCAUUUUCAAUUGGAGUCUACAUUUUAUUUCCUUUUUGUUCGAUUUACUAAUUUAGUUGUCUUUUAUUUGGGCCUCGGUCAAUUGUUUAUAUAUAUAUUUUUUUAUGU